AUGGCGACGGCGUCGCCCCCCGGGCCGUCCCAGCUCGCGGACACCGCGGCGAUUACCCUCCCAAAGAUCGACGCGAUCGCCUCCGGCGCGGUGAAGGACAUGCUGAAGACCGGCAUGUCGGAGUCGGAGGAGGUGCUCGAGUACCUCGGCGGGAGCGUCGCGUACGAUCUGAAGGCGGCCGCGGCCAAGGCGGCGACGCGCCGCGAUCUGGCGCUCGGAUCCAAGUCCAAGCUCGACGGCGCCGCGUUGAACGCGUCCAUGGACGAGCUCGACCGCCGUGCCAAGGCCGUCGCGCCCUUCUGGGUCGGGCCCGGCGUCGACGACGCGCCUCCGCAGGCCGCGGCCGCUCCCGCGCUAAAGAAGAAGGCCGAGUCGCCGGCCAAGGAAUCGGCGCCGCUCGCCACGGCGACGAAGGCGGCCGCGCCGACCCCGGCAAAGCCCAAGCCGCCUCCGCCCAAGGCGGAACUCACUCCGGCCAAGCCCAAGCCACCGCCGCCCGCGCCCAAGAAGGCGCCCGCCGACGCCCCGAAGAAGAUGGCCAUGCCCGAGCUGCCAAAGGUGAAGCUCCCCGCCGUGGACGUCAAGCUUCCCUCGAUCCCCGCACCUACGAUCCCGGUCCCGGAGCUGGACGGCGUGGCGGAGGAUGCGAUCCGCGCCAUUCGCGUCGCCAUGUCCCGCGCGCCAAAGUACGACGACGACGGGGACGGGGACGGGGACGGCGACGGAGCCGGGUUCAACUUCGCGCCAAACGUCAGCGACGGCAUCGACAAGGACGACCCGGACUACCGCGAGAUGGUCAAGACGCGUCGUCGUCGCCCCCCGCGCGCCGCGUCUCUCCCCGCGCCCCCGACGCCGGAGGAGAAGGAGGCGCGGCGACUCGAGCGCGCGCGGCUGCGACGCGAGCGGGAGGAGCGCAAACUGGCCGAAGACGCCGAGCGAGAGGCUACGGCGGCGAAGAAAAUCGCCGACGCGCUCGCGGCGCCGCCCCGCCCCGACCCGGCGUGGAUGACCGCGAAGGGCACGGACAUACUCGCGGUCGUCGAGUCCGUCGUCGCCAAGCACCCCAAGGGUGAGGCGGUCAAGAAGCCGCCGUCCGCGGAGAAGGCGCCGCCCGCGAAGGAUGCCACGAAGGGAAAGCGGGGGCCAGAUCCCGCGUCGUCCGCGGCGGAGAAGACCGAGGUGCCCGGCCCCACCGGCGCCGAGCUCUUCGACAGGUACGCCAUGAUCGUCCAGGACAAGCUCGAGGACGUCGCCAAGAACCUGGGUUUGGCGGAUCAAACCCCGGAGGAUCAGGAAGCCGCCACCAAGGCUCGGCUCGAGAAGCGCGCGAGGGAGGUGGCUAAAGCGAAAGCCGCAGCCGACAAGGCCAAGGCGGACGCGGCCAAACGCGCGGAACGCGAGUUCGAGAGAGAGCGCGCCGCCAAGCGCGCCGCGGCGGAGAAGGAGGAGAAGGAGAGACGAGCCGCCGAGGACAAGGCUGAAAAAACACGCCAAGCAGCGGCCAAGGCUAAGGCCAUCGAGGAGGCCAAGGCUAAGCGCGAAGCCGCCGAGGCGAAGGCCAAGGCUGCCGCCGAGGAGCGCAAGAGGCGCGAGGCGUCGGAGCCCUCCGAGCCCGAGAUCGAGGCCAAGGCUAAGGCCAUCGAGGAGGAGGCCAAGGCGACGGAUAAGGCCAUCGCGGCGAAGGUCAAGGAGGCUGAGAAGGCUGCGAAGGAGAGCGAACGCGCGCUCGAGAAGCGCCAAAAGGAGGUGGACAGCCUCGAGCUGGCGAAGCGUCAGAAGCUCAAGAAGAAGCGUCGCGAGCUCGAGCGCGACGUCAAGGCCAAGGACCUCGACUUCGAGUUCAGGCAGCGCAACCUGGAACGGGAGCGCAGGAUCAAGCAAGACGCGCUCGAGCAGAAGCACCGCGAUCUGGAGCGCGAACUGGCUUGGCCGGUGAACAAGCUCGUGCCCGCGAACGCCACGAAGGAGGAGCGCAGGAUCGCCAACCGCGAGGCGAACGAGCGGCUCAAGGCGCUGGCGCACCGGCGCAAGACGCUGGAGCGCGAGCACGAGGUGGUUUUGCAGUCACUGACCAAGCGCCAGCGGGAGCUCGAACGGGAACGGGACAUCGACAUCGCCAGCCGCGAGUCCCGAUGGACCGCCCUGCACAGGGAGGACGACGAGCUCGACAGGUCCAUCAAGGCUGAGCACGCGGAGGAGGUCAAGGCGCUCGAGGAUGCCCGCGCGCGGGCCGAGAGGUCCGCCGCCGAGCGCCGAGCGGAGAUUGAGCGCGACAUCGCCGACGGCGAACGAGCCGUCGAGGCCAAGCUCGAGGCGCUCGAGAAGGAACGCGCCGAGCUCGCGAAGCGACGCGAGGCGGCCGCCGCGGAGGAGCGCAGGCUCAAGGCGGAGGAGGCCCGGAAGAACGCGGAGGAGGUCUCGCAGGAGAUGAAGGCGACCAAGGAGCGGCUGGCGAAGAAACGAGCCGAGGAGGCGGAGAGGCAAAAAAAGGAGCGGGAGGAGCGAGACGCGCAGGAGGCGCGCGAACGGGAGGAGAAGGCGGCGCGCGUCAAGGCCGAGGUGGACAAGGCGGCCGCUGAGCAGGCCAAGAAGCAGGCGGCGCUGGACAGCGCCAAGGCUGCGCGCGUCGCCGCCGCCAAAUACGCCAAGGCAAAGGCGGACGCGGAAAAGGCAAAGUUCGCAAAGGAAAAGGCGGAGGAACGCGCGAGGGCGGACAGGCUACGGGCCGACGCCAAGGCGGCCGCCGCGGCGAAGAAAGCGCAGGAGAAGGCCAAGGCGGACAAGGCCAAGGCGGCGGAGAGGGCCAAAGCGUCGGCGAUCAAGGCCAAGGCUGAGGAGAAGGUGCGGAGGGAGCGCGAGGCUAAGGACGCGGAGUCGGCCAAGGCCAAAGCUAACGCCGACAAGGAGAAGAGACGCGUCGCCGCGGAGAAGGCCAAGGCGGCCGCCAAGGCUAAGCGCAAGGCGGACAUCAGAGCCGGCAAGGACGAAUCGCACAAGCGCAUCGACGCCAGCGUCCUCGCGGCGCUCGCGCUCGGCGCGGCGGGCGCUGUGCUCCUCGCCAACGUCCUGCCCAGGGGCGGCGCCGACUCGGGUGGCAAGAAGAAGAAGAAGACCGCCAAGUCAUCAGGGUCCAAGUCCGGCGCGUCCACCCCGGGAUCCGUCUCGGGCGUCAGCGACGUGACUCUCGGGUCGUCGCUCAAGACCACCCCCAACACCACCCCCCGCACCGACCUGACGCCGUCGGGAUCGCACCACCUCGAGGUGACCAACUACCCCAGCUCGCUAAACACGACCCCAGCCGGCACCGGCACCCCGUUCUCCAUCACCGGGACGGACGUGUCGUCCAUCGGCGCCGGCAGCUCCGCGGCGAACACGGCGAGGACGAUGGACAGCAAGCAAUCGUCGCCGAUGAAGUCGAACCGAUCGGAAAAAUCCGACACGGGGCACAUGUCCGACCUCGACGACCAGGACCUCGUCUCGCCGCCCAACACCGCGCGAUCGGGAGAGGAAGGCCCGGGAGACGCGAACGCUCAGGCGAAGAAGGAGCGCACCGGUCCGAGGGUCCCCAAGCUCCCCCUGUUCCGGCUGUUCGGCAGGGGCACGCCGCCGGGAAGCGCGAAGGAACCCGAGCCCGCGCGGGGACCCCCAGACAAACCCGAAGAUCUUAAGCAGAUGCAAUCGAACGCGGGUGGUCAAUCGCAGACGGCGCCUCAGCAGGCGCCUUCCCCGUCGGGCGGCAAGACGUCGCCCUCGCCGCGUUUCACCGAGAUGCAGCACGAGCUCGCGAACGAGGCCGCGGACCAGCUCAAGGAGGCGUUGGAGAUCACCGCCGCCCGCGCCGCCGAGGCGCUCGCGUCGGAGGUGCAGCUCAAGUUUCAGCUCGAGGAGGCCAGGCGCAAGAUGAAGUCGCUGGAGGAGAGGCAGGCGACGCUGCUCACGGUGGUGGAACGCGAGCGCGCCGCGAAACUACGCGCCAUAGAGCAGGCCGCGGGCGUCGCCGCCGCCGCCGAGACGCUCGCCGAAUCCGCCCCGGGCGCCGACCCGCAGACGCUGACCAAGACGGCCAAGGACGCCGCCGCGGAUACGUACGAGGACGCGAUGUUCUCCCCGUCGACCCGCGACGCCGACGCCGGCGUCGCGCUCGACGCCAUGGACGCCAAGGCCAAGGCGCAGCUCGACAAGGCGGACGCGGCGUUGGCCAGGCUCACGCAGGAGAAGUUCGCGGCUGAGCGUCGCAUGGCGGAUGAGAGAGCCGCGUGGGAAACGGCCCUCGCGUCGGCGCACGCGCGCGAGGCGGAGCUGGCGGAGCUGCUCGAGAAGCAGAAGACGCGGGAAAAGGAGCUUGCGUCGCGGCGGACGGAGGUCGAGGCGGAGAUCAAGGGUGGGGACGUCGCAUCCUCCAAGGCUGCAGCGGAGAAGGCGGCGGAGCUGAGGGUGGUCACCGCGGCGGCUGAAUCCGAGAUUGCCGAGGCGCAGAGGAGGGCGUCCGAGCUCGGCGAGGAGCUCGCGCUCGCCACGUCGAGGGUCGAGAAACGCGAGCGCGACCACGCCGAUGAGGUGCAAGCGGCAGUGGCGCACGCGCAGCGCACGAUGGAGACGGUCGCCGCCGCAGCCGCGGCCGACUUGGAGGCGGCAAACGCUAAAAACGCGCAGCUCAGAAUCGCGCUCGCGGAGAAGGAAGCGCAGGAGCGCAGCCUUCGCGAACGCCUCGCGGAGGCGACCGCGGCGGUGAGCCAGCAGUCGAUGUCGGCGAACACGUCCACCGCCUUCUCCGACGCCGCGUCCGACUUCAAGACGGAUCCGCUCGGCAGCGAGUACAACAGCGCGAGCCAGUCGGUUCCCCCGAGCGACGUCAACACGCCGGAGACGUCGCCGCGAGAUUCCGAGCCAUCCGCCAUCUCGCCGGUCGUCGAACCGCUGGCCGGAGGCGGCACGCCCUUCAUGACCCCGGGGGCGAUACUGAACACCCCGGGCGGGUCCGCGUACGCCAGCGCCAAGUCCACGCCGGUGCACUCCGCGCGGGGCGGCCCCGGCGGCGGGGUCCCGAUACCCCCGCCUCCCAAGUUUGGGGAAUCCCCGAGCAAGGCUGAGCUGCGGCUCAAGGCGACGCGAGCGGAGGCGCGGGCGGAGGCGACGGAGCGCGCGCUCGCCGGCGAACGCGCAGAGCUGGAGCGCAUACGCAAGGAGAUCGCGACGCUCCGCGUGGAGCAGGGCGCGUGGGAGAAGGCGGCGUCGCCGGUCACGUCUCCGGCGAAGCCGUCGGCGUCGGAGCGCGAGCGACGGGUGCGGGAGGCGACGGCGGAGGCGCUGAGGGAGGCGGUGCGUGUCGCGCUCGCGUCGGGGGUGAACGAGGCGGAGCUGAGGGAGGCGAUGAUGGCGCGGGGGGUGGACGUCGACGGCAUACUCGACACCACGCUGGUGGAGCAUCCACGGGGGGACGGGGACGAGGCGGCGGCGGCGGCGCCAUCCCCCGGGUCGGGAAAGAAAAAGAAGAAAAAGGGCAAGAAGUGA